AACAAUUCAAAGGCGGACGAAGGAGGUAUGGUGGCGGGACGAGACUGAGCGACGAGCGCACAGCGGCGGCGUGGCUCUACAGCUUCAUUGCAUGUCUGCUUGUGCGGCUAGGGGCGGAUUUGCAUAAAGGGUGAUGGAUAGUCUACCCGGGGGUAUAUAUCCGAAGGGUUAUUACGGGGAAUAACUUAGAGAGAAGUCAGAGCGAACAAGUAAGAGAGAAAGUGUAUAUUCGAUAUGUAUUUAGCGUUUUUAGCGUGGUUACAAAUGGGGAAAUGGGGGCUAUUUAUAGCAGCAAUAAAUGCCGGGCAGGGACACGUGUCAAGCGCUCAUUGGCCGAGGGGUCACCUCAACUGGUUGGCGCUGGCAGCCGCAUGUGGCCGCAUUUAAUGCGGCUGUUGGAUGGGACGUCUGUGCGGGGUACGGUGAUCUGUACGCAUGUGAGGCAGAUAUCUUGUCGAGUGAGGUGCCUUCGGCUAUAGAGCAGUGACCGAGGGCUCUCCCACCUGAUGGCACCCUGGUGCUGAGGGCUCACAAUGUCGAGGGCUACUUUUUUCGCCGUUUUCUCCCAGUUUCCUAAUUUGCUUGAGAAACCCGCUCUGUGAUAAUUUGAAGCCUUCGGCCAGGUGGCCGAAGGCACCCCUGUGCGUUAUGCGGACUGCUUGGUACUCUGGGCGCUGUGAUUCGGGCCUGUUGGGCCUUUGAUGGAGUAGUAGGAGUCUGUGGGCCGGGGGUUCCCGGGCCAUAUACUCCAUCAGGAGUCCCUCACUCCUUUUGCCGAAAGGUACUUGAGGGAAAAGGAGUAAUUUGUGCUUGCCUUUUGAUGUUGUCCUGUCGUGAUCCCUGAAGUUGGUGAGGAGUUGUUGCUUUUAUGUCCCUACCGAAGGCAGUCCCUCAGUUACCCACAUGUCGGGACUUGAGGGCUUGCUUUGUUGUUUGUUGGAAUUUCACAGAUUUUGUAAUUUAAUGAUUUUCCCGAAGGGGUCCUCCAGUCCCCCACUCCUUGAGGCACUUGUAAUGUGGUGAAAAGGAGUAAAGUAGUUACGUUGCUGUUGUGGGCCGAAGGCUGACGUUUUUCGUUUCAUUUUGGGGGGAUGCCUCGUUAAAAACCUCAUUAGGAAAAACCCUUUGGGAAAAAAUCCUAAUGAGGGAAAAAGAGUGCACCGAAUUCCCCCAAUGAUGAAUCGAAAAUGUCAAACCUUGGUAAAAAAUGGAGAAUGGCGGGAAUGCCGAAGGCUCUCUCUUCUGAGGGCUCCUGUGUUGAUUAGCCGAAGGCUGGCUGUUGAUGUCCUGGUGGCGCCGAAGGGGAGCCCCUCAAUCCAGGGAUCGAGGGCCUGCCAGAUAAGGGCAGCAGUGAAGCUGUUACCGGGAGGUCCACUGUUUGUUGAUGAAGUGGUGAUUAAGAUACCCGAGGGCCAUGGGCCAUCCGUCAAUGAGGCACUCCCCGGGGGCUACCCGGUUUUGCGGUGCUGAGGGGAAAACCCCGAGGGGUACCCUGAUAUGCAGCCCUAGGGAUCUGAAGGAGUGAUCCCGAAGGCGUGUGUAAUGUGCGGUGUGGGGCACAACCCGAGGGCACUUCUGGGUGGGUGCACCCGGAGGCUAUCCUUGAUGAAGUGGAGUGAAGUAAAAAACCCGGGGGUUCCCAAAAUAUAGCCAUUGAAAAUAUAGCCGUUGGAAUAUGUAACGACAGGAUAUAGCCGUUGGGGGGGUGGCACACGUGGCGUGUGAUGGCUGGUUGUCCGUGGGCGGCGUCACCGGUUGGGUGAAACGGCGGUGUGUCAUGAUGGCGUCCAUCCGGAGGCCCGGAAUCCAGGCCCAAGCCCGGAUUCAUCGCCUAUAAAUACCCCAAGGCCAGGCAUUCCUCCGUGUGCGAUAAACUUGUUAGCGAAGCUCUGUCAAUUUUUCUAGAGAGAGAAAGUUCAGCCUUCGGUCAAAACUCAGCUUUCGAGGUCAGUGCUCCCUGCCUUUCUCCUUCUAGCAUAGCUGUACUGUGCCCUUAGUUUAGGAGAUAGAAAAGUUAGGAAACACUACCGUCCACGAGCCCUCGAACAAUGGUGCGAAUGUCGUCCCAGAGUGACUCUCAGGACAUCUCGAGGACGCCCUCGAUGGAGGACGAAGGCAUCUCCGAUGUGGAGUCAAGCAGUGGUCAGCCCUCGGAUUGUGGUGAUGCAGCCUUGGCCCGGGAGGUCCAGAAGGAACUCACUGCGGAGGUUGAAGCCGAGGGCUUCGAGCAGGAGUGUGACGAUGAAGACUUAGCCCUCGCCUGGCAGACAGCGGAGGAUGAGGCACAGAAUGAGAGCUCGAAGGUUACGAUCGCUGUCCUCCCCCCUCGGGGUUCCGGGGAGGCCCGUAGCUCGAGGCCGUUGGAUCCGAUACCUCUGAGGGCGGUUUCCGGUGUGAAGAAGAAGAAGGCUGCUACCAAGAAGAAGGAGAGGGCCGUUGAUCAAGGAAAGCCCGUAGACAUGCCCGAGGGGUACAGCUGGCUGAACACUGAGGCCCUCGAGAUCAGGUCGAAGGCCGACAGGGCAGAUCUGUACGUGACUCAGCUGCACGUGGGGCCCUCGGCCGAAGUGGUGGAGCCAGGUCCCGACGACGUGUUGUCCAGGGCGCCCGAGGGGUGUAUUGCUAUUCACGUCCUUUCGGUUUCCAUGGGACUCAGGUUCCCUCUGCACCCAUUCCUCCGGGAAUAUCUGCGGUUUGUUGGCUUGGUCCCCUGCCAACUCACGCCCAACAGCCACUCCUACAUUGCGGGGUUCCUCCAGCUCUGCAAGUCCCGAGGGGUGAAACCCAGCCUGGAUCUAUUCUUCCAGAGCUUUAAUCUGUGCCGGGGGGGGGCACGAAAACGGCGAGGGGUACGCCAACCUGCAGCAGAUUGCCCGCUUCAAACUAUUCUCCGAUGCUCCUUCUUCCAACAAAGGAUGGAGGGAACGUUGGUGCUACGUGAAGUUGGAUGAGAGCCCCUUCCCGAGGGAGCUACGUGACCGAUUCCGAAGGCACGAAAAGAUCCGGAGUGCCGCUCUUGAGAAGGACGGCCUAAAGCUGGCCAAGUUCCCGGAGGGGAAAGACAAGAACGUGGCGAUCAAAGACUGCACCCUCGAGGAGGAUUUGUACACCCUCGGGUUCCGGAGGUACCGCUUCAUAGGGGAAACCGAUGAAAAGUACCCUCCCUUCAACAAGGCCUUCGGAGGGGCCGGAGGUAGGAGCCGAGGGCUUUAGAAUUUUGUACUUAGUUUUUUUUUCUUUCUUGGAUGUUAUCGUCCCUUCGCUUAGACCCGUCGGACUAACCCUUUGUUUCCUCUGUGCAGGUAUCCCCGUCUCCAUGGUGAAUGUAAAGGGCCUUGCCCGUUUGAAGAAACAGGACCCGAAGGGGUCGGGACAGGGCAUCCAGAAGCCCGCCACCGCCCUCUUUAAGAAAGCCGAGGGCGAUGCCGCUGCCGGCAAGAGGAAGGCAGUGGCCAAGGGGUCCCCCCCGGCUACCAAAAAGCCGAAAAAGGGGGAUGUCGCCGAGAAGGAACCCUCGGUCAUUAUCGCUGAUGAGCCCCCCGCCUCCGGGGUGCAGGUGGAGAAGCUGCCGGUUGGAACGCCGGCGGGGGCAGAGGAGUCGCUGCCUGAGAUCCUCACAGUUGCGUUCCCGAGGGGUAUGUCUUUGGCCAGCGGCGCCGUCGACCCGGGGGCCAUCCUGAGGGGUAUGACCCCUGAGACGGAUAGGGCUGCCCUCGGGGCCUACAAUGAUGCGGCCCUCGAGGACCACAUUCUCCGCUCCUCCCUCUCUGCUUGCUUAGCCCUCGGCGAACAGGCUCGGAGGCUUCAAGAAUGGCGCCUCCACAGAGCGGAGCAAGACGCCAGAAUGAGGGAGUGCCUCCUCAAGAACCAGGAGGCGGUGAAGCUGGGGGCCCAGCUAGAAGAGGAGCUCCGGCAGAUGAGCUUGAAACUGGAGGCUGCAGAGAAAGGCAAGGCUGAUGCUGAGGCCGCCGCCAGGAGAGCUGCUAAAGAGGCCGAGGACUCCAAAGCGCUAGCUGUCGCCAGGGCUCAGGAGGAGGCCGUUGAGGCCUUUGUCGCCGAGGGUUGGAGAGUCGAGGGGCGCAAGAUGUGGGUGUCCUCGGUCGUGGAGGCCUGCAUUGAAGAAUGGGCCGAGGGCCCUGGGUGGGAAUGGAUGGCCCGGAAGGGCAGAGAGUACUAUGAAGCCGGCGAGUUCUUCACCCAGGCCCUCAUCUACCGGAGGAUGGCCCGGCAUUUGGGCAUCGAGCAAAAGGACUUCUCCCCCUCGGCGUAUGGUCUUCCCCCCUUGCAGCCUGAUGUUCGUGAGCCGCUCCCGGAAGGUGUUCAGAGGCCCGACCUUGAGGAUACGGUGUUGAAGAAUGAGGCCGAGGACGACGCUGUCGAGACCGGAGCGGAGGCAUCAUCGAGGCCAGCUGUAGAGGGCGCCCCAGUGAACAAUGCUGUCGUAGUCGUGGAAUGAUUUUGUACUUAGAAAUCUUUGAACAUCUUUUGUAAUGAACAACAUUGUUCCUUCGGCUUCGGCCCGUUUGUAAAUUCACACUUACUCUUGUUUUUGAUGAAAUGCAUGCUGCCUCCGGGCUUUUCAUAUUCGAAUACGCCUUAUGUUUUGAA